CAAAUAUCAGAUAUUCUCUUUUCGGAAAAGUGAUGAAAGUGAAUUAAAUUCUCGCUCAUUUAAACGAGAUGAUUGUUACUCUUAACAAUGAAUUUAGUUAAUCAGGAAUGAACCAUUUCGACAGGUUGAUUGAUUUAAAUGGAAUAAAAUCAGCAGAUUCUACGAAUAAAACUGGACAUGGUUGAUCAUUUUAUGGAUUUUCUAUUCUACAAUAUCCAUAUUCUUCUCUAUUUAUCAAUCCAGUGUUUUCUCUUCUACUUCAUUCGUGAUGAUUGAAAAAAAUAUUUUCCAAGUGAAAUUUGAUGUUACCUUUUUCUAUUCUAUGUAGAAAUAUACACACACAUAUAUCGUAGUAACUUAUUGAUUAUUACUGUUUGUUUGUUUGUUGGUUCUGUUCGUUUUCUCUCUUCAUCUCUCUCUCUUCUAUUUUAUUCUCUUGGCUGCUUAUAUCAUUUGUGUACAAAGAAAAUGCUGAUAAAGUGAUUAAUGGUUUUAUCUCUACAAUUAUAAUCUCAACAUUUUGAAAGAUCUCGAUUUUAUAUUCUCCUUCUGUUCUCUGUUCUAUUUAUAAUUUAUUCUUUUGGUGCAACCAUGACUUCCUGGAAGGAUUGGAAAUAUUGCUCAUGUAUUCGCCCUUGUUUCGUUUAUUGUUUAAAACCUUGUUUCUCAUCUUUAGGAGAUGAAUAUGGUUUCAAAGAUUGUAAACACCUUGACUUUAGUCAUUGUAAUUUGAAAGAAGUGCCCGAUGAAAUAUUCUCUCUGGAAAGAACUCUCGAAGAACUGUUACUUGAUGUUAAUUCUAUCCGUGAUUUACCUCGAGUUGUUUUCCAUUGUACUGGAUUAAAAAAGUUAUCCCUCUCCGAUAAUGAGAUUGAAACUUUACCCAGUGCAAUAUCCUCCCUGAUUUAUUUAGAAUAUCUUAAUAUAAGUCGUAACAGUCUUCUAGUUAUUCCGGAUAGUAUAAAGUGCUGUAAGUGCCUUAUAGUUUUAGAUUGUAGUGUUAAUCCAUUGGGUAAAGUUCCUGAUUCACUGACACAAUUAAUUAAUCUACAAGAGCUUUACCUUAAUGAUACCUUUUUGGAAUACCUGCCUGCUAAUUUUGGUCGCCUUUCAAAGUUACGAAUUGUUGAAUUACGAGAGAAUAAUUUAAAAAUUUUACCUAAAUCAUUUCAACGUUUAAUCAACUUGGAAAGAUUGGAUAUUGGUCAAAAUGAAUUGGUUGAAUUUCCCGAGGUACUUUGUAAUCUAACCAAUUUACAAGAAUUGUGGAUUGAUGGUAAUCGUAUAUCCUCCUUACCAGAGAUAAUUGGAAAUCUGACCAAAUUAACUUACUUUGAUGCCAGUGAAAAUCGUAUUGUUACAAUAGCCACAAGAAUCUCUGCCUGCCAUCGAUUAACGGAUUUACUACUUUCUGGGAACAAAAUUGUUGAAUUACCUGAAACUCUUGGAAGCUUAAAGUAUCUCACCUAUUUACGUUUAGAUGAUAAUAAGUUGAAUUGUUUACCUCAAUCAAUUGGAGGACUUUCCUCUCUUCAAGAACUUGUGAUGAGCAAUAAUUAUAUUCAAUCGAUUCCCAAAACCAUUGGAUUCCUACGUAAUCUACACAGUCUAAUUAUGGAUUGUAACCUUGUGAAAGAAUUACCAGAUACUAUUUGUAGUUGUAGUAAAUUACGAUUACUUUCCAUCGCCAGUAAUGAGCUUUCCGAGCUUCCUGAAGAUAUUGGUCGUUUAAAUAAUCUCCGAGUGUUAAAUUUACGUAACAAUCAACUUAAAUUUUUACCUUACAGUUUUGCCAACAUAACAAAUCUACAAACUCUUUGGCUUUCAGAUAAUCAGCAAAAGCCAAUCAUGAAGUUACAACGAGAUACCGAUGAGACAACGAAUAAAAAAGUGUUGACCUGUUUUCUUCUUCCCCAACAAUCUUCCGUAAAUUUCGAUGAAGCUUAUGUUUCAGAUCAUGAUGAGCCUUCAUCUUCGUCAAAAAGUGAUGUUAAAAGUGGAAGUAAUUCUGAUAGUAGAAUCAAAUUUUAUUCUGUCAACGGUGAAAUUGAUGAGAAAGAUGAUCAAUUUAUCAGUAAAUUGGUUCGUAAUCCAACACCUUACCCGAAAGAAUUGAAAGCUCACGCUCGACAUGCAAGAAAUUUAGCAUUAAAACGUCGAGAUUCAUUUGGUGUUGAAGGAGAUGAUGACAAUAAUUUAAUUAGACCUCGAGAUGCAACAACAAUGUACCAACCAUCAGCAAACACAUUAACUAAUCAAGGAACUGAUCAGAAGACUAGUCAUACCGAAAUUAAAGAAGCCAAAUUAACUCUUGCUUCUAAAAGUGAAAGGGACUCAUCAAAUUACAACGGUGAAGUUAAUUACGAUGAUCAAUUUCCUCAUCAUUCGUUGAUCAACCAGGAAGAACAGCAAUUUCGAGCAAUUAGCUUACAGCAACAACAUCAACAAUUUAAUCAACAGUCAAAUUCACCUUUAACAAUUGAUGAACGUGAAUCACCAUCAACAAUUAGACAAAUCAUUCCAAGUCGAAUAAACGCCAAUACUGCCCAUUCCAAUUCUGAGAAUAAAACAAACUACACCAAACAAUUUCCAUUGUCCAGUUAUGAGGGUUACUCAUUUGAUCAACAACAACAUCAACAACAUCGACCGAUGACAAUUUAUAACAAUAAACCAGUUGAAAAUUUAUUAUCUCUUUCAUCCUCAUCACCCUCACCAUCAUUAAAUUAUCAGGGUAGUCAGGAAAACUCACCUCGGUCCAAUCAUCCAUCUCCAUCUUCAUCAACUUCAUCAUAUGCUACACAUCAGCAACAACAACAAGCAUCUCUUGAAAGACAAGCAAUUAUGAGGACCACAGUAACUUAUACAUCUAAUCGAGAGCAACCAGUGAUGACCACUCAAUAUGCUUCUCAUCCUCCACUUAAUCCAGAUAAUUCAUCAUCACCUCAUAAUCCAUUGAUAGGAUUUAGUGAUUCUGAUCGUUCAUCAAUUAAAAGUUUCUCGUCACCACAUGGGAAUAUAAAUGUUAGUGGAAACAAUGAUAAUUAUGGAUCUCAUCUGUCAAAUUACAUGGGAACAAGCAAUAGGAAUACAAUUAGAAAUCAGCUUCAACAAUUUACUAUUAACCAGAUUAAUCAAAAUAUAACAAAAAACUUGCCAGAUGAACAUUAUAAUCAUAAACAUUAUCCAUUAACUACUAACCCAUCUACUAGUCAACAACAACAACAACAACAACAUACCAUUCGUAAAUUAUUAUCUAAUGAUGCCAUUAUUAACAAUCAUCAACAAUUAACCAAGACAAUGAUGACACCGAGUACAAUUACAACAUCUUCAUCUUCAACCUCCAAUGAAAAUGAUAAAUUAACUGGCAAUAAAAUUACACAAUCAACAUCAUCUUCAUCCCGAUUUAAUAUCAACCCGUCCCAGGUUAUUUAUAAACAACAAUUCCCUGUUACUCCUACUGAUCAAUUAUUAACUGAUUAUGGAGGAAAUAUUAUUUACCAAAAUUCACCAUCACCAGUUACAAUAAACUCCUCCAAACAAUUAAAUCAACUUGACCAUCAACUUUACAAUCAACACAAUCAACCACCUUCAAAACGUGAUCAAAAUCAAUCUUCAAUUUCCAAAUCAUCUCAACCACCUGAUAAUCAUUUAAAUACAAUUGCAACUAACAAUCCAAGUGGAAGUUAAUUAUCCCACCAUCAUUUAAAUUGUUCCAAUUUAAAUUUAUUCCCCAUUCUAAUUAAUCAUUUUUUUUUUCGUUUUUGAGAAAGUUUUGAUUAAUUUAUGUUUGUCUUUUAAUCAUUUGUGUCUUUCUAAUUGAUUAAUUAUCUCUCUUAAUUCUACUUAAUCAAAAAAAAACAUUACUAUGUUUCUUUUUUAAUUAUUUUCAUCCUAAUUUAGUUAAAAUUAAUUUAUUUCCCCUCUUAUCUAAAACAUAUCUCCUUUAUUGUAAUAAUAACUUAACAAUAUUUUAAUUCUCACUUUUAAGGAUCAAAUCUUUAAAUUAUGGUUAAUUGAUUGUCAAACUUUUUUCCUCACAAAGUUAACUUUCAGCUUGUUAACAAAAGUAACAACAAUAAUUAAUACAAUUCUAAAUUGUUAAAUCUUUCAUUCCCUUCACAAAAACACAUUCUCACAAUUAAGCAAAUGAAAGCCAAUCUUUUUGGUCCAAUGUUGAAAAAAUUUAUAUAUCUAAUUAUUAUAAUAUUGGAAAAAGUUAUAAAUUAAAAAUAUUAGUUAUCUUAA